AUGGAUAAGGCGGGCUCGCUGCACAGCUCGGUGCCCGGGCCGCCGCCCCGGCUCUACCUGCCGCGCAACUUCAGCUGCAGCGCCUGCCUCUAUGGCAGCCUGGCCGAGCAGUGCAGGGCGGGCUGCAGCCCCGACGGCGACGCCGCGCCCACGCCCGUGGUGCGGGAAGCGGCGGACGAGAAGCCGCCGCCGACCCGCGGCCGGGAGCCCACGCUGCCCGCCGUGCCCCCCAGCCCCACGCAGCGCCGCCGCGCCAAGUCGCUGCCCACGCCCGGCGACCGCAGCCUGCGCCCCGCGCUGCAGCAGAGCCCGUCGCGCCGCAAGACCGUGCGGUUCGCCGACUCGCUGGGGCUGGAGCUCACCUCCGUGCACCUCUUCUGCGAGGCCGACCUGCCGCGGGUGCCGCUGCCCGCGCCGCCGACGCCGCGCCCCGCCGACCUCCUCAAGACCAGGAAGCCGCCGGCGCUGGGCGACCUGGAGCCGGUGCUGUUCGGGCCGCCGCCGCCGCUGCUGGAGCCGCUGUUCCCGCCGCAGCCCGGCGCCAGCCCCGGCUUCGCGGAGCGGGUGCGGCAGCACAAGGUGAGGCUGGAGUGGGUGCGGGCAGAGCCGGCGGGGCUGCGCGGGGCCGUGCGCGUCCUCAACCUCGCCUACGAGAAGGUGGUGUCGGUGCGCUACACGCUCAAUGGCUGGGCCAGCUGCGCCGAGGCUGCCGCCACGUACCAGCCGCCCGCGCCGACCGACGGCAUCAGCGACCGCUUCGCCUUCCUGCUGCCCCUGGGCGCCGCCACCGCCGCCGCCGAGACCACGCUGGAGUUCGCCGUCCGCUACCGCGUCGCCGGCGCCGAGUACUGGGACAACAACGAGGGCAAGAACUACCGGCUGCGGGGCCGGCAGCGCGUCCCGCCCGCCCCAGGGCCCCCGCAGGACCCCGACAGCUCUGCCUGGAUCCACUUCAUCUGAAACGGGGAGCGCGGAGCCCGCGCAGGGCCGGGGGAGCCCUCCCGAGUUGUGUUUACAGAGGGGGAAUUUGUGUUUGCUGCGUUCUGGCGGGGCCGGGGGGAACCCUGGCUCGCUCCCCUGGCGCUCACGGGCUGUGGGCAGGGAGGCCGGGCGCGGGUUCCCCCUCAGUGUCCCCAGCACUGUGGCUUCACCAAAGCAGCCGCUGCCGGCCGGGCUCCGGUGACAGGGCCGGGAAUGUGCGGGAUUCGCCGGUCAGGACCGGGAUCCGUAGGUGAGUGCACAUCCUCCCGGCCCCGGAGGCCAGGCUGAGCUGCUGUCACCUCGGCAGGUUACACGGAAGGCGCUGCCACAGGGCAUCCUCCGUGUUUGCCUAAUCCCGCUCAGGCAAAGCUCGGAUCCGCCCUCAGCGCCUCGCUGACCCGCGCCUGUUCAUUGUCCCGCGGGGUCAAGGGCCUGACAGCGCAGGCUGAGGGGCAGAUUAGGUCUGAACCCAAAACCACUGGGUAUGGAUGCCCCAAGGCGUAGCUCUGUUGCAUUAAACAGUGAAAGUAUUCGAUUUAAAGCAAAGAUUUUAUUUUUUUUUAUUUUUGAACCCUGUUUUCAGGUAUUUAAUCAUACUUAGAAAGCAAAAAAAUAGCAUCACAUCCUAUUUAAAACGCAACUCACUGAGAGGUUUUUAAAAGAAAGUGGUUUUGGUUUAGAAUUCAUGUGGUAGGUUGAUGGAAAGUUGGUCAGGAUCUGGUGUUUGUUUCAGUAGGAUUGGUCCCACAGAGCUGCUUGUGUUCAGGGCAGCAGGAGAGUUGUGGAAUUGCACCAAAAGAGCGAGAGACGACAAGAGUUGAAUCCGUAAUUCCAGUCUGCAUCAUGAGCAACACCUUCAUUUUUCUUCUUUUGACAGUUUAAUUAAACAGUAUCAGUGCAAGAGCCUGCUUUCUGAAUUUCCUGCUCCAAAUUCUUCAUCAAUAAGUGAUGGAUUUUACAAAACUGGUGAGGUUUAAUCAGAGAAAUCAAAGAAAGUUCUACCUUGGCAUAUAAAAGUAUAUCAAUCAAAUUUACACAGCAUACUGACUUCUGCCUUCAAAGGUAUAUUUUAAACUAUAUCAGCACUAAACAAAGCAUUUUUCUUUUUAAACAUGCUUUUUCAGGAGUUCAGCUGAAAACAGGUUGUGCUGGUGCCAAAUCUGGGUGCUAAUUUUCCAGGAUUGAGGCAUGAAUGUGUUUGCUGGAGAGGGGCCUCUGCAAAUAUAACUAAUGAGAGUGGUAAAACCAUGUCAGUGUGAUUUUCUGGUUGUGAAGGGCUGUAAGAUCAGGCAUUUAGGUUUGAAUUUUCUGUAGGUUUCAGGAGGAAAUGCAAUUUUUUAAACUGCAUUUUGGUGUUUCUUGAAAGGGUUAAAUGUCCCAAGCAGCUUGAGUAAUGUCUGGAGUAAUGAGUUCUCACAGAACCUUUUGACUCUGGUGAGAACUGGGAGCAGUUUUUUCUCCUGAGGGUUGGAUUCAGUCAGAAUAAUUAAACUCAUAAAUUCUGGGAGAAAAAGAGGUGUGGAAACUCAAUGGGAAAAGAACAUUUAAUUUCAUUUCUGUAGAUUACUGGUUCUGAUUUAAUGGAAGUAACAGCAAGACUGCUUUCUGUAGUAUUGGUAGCUUGGUUUUAAUUUCCCAGUCAGUGUUCUAAUCCCUGUGCUUUUAAUGAAACUAAACAGAAAUACACUGUCAGCAUCUACUGAGUAUUUCACAUUUUAGUAUAUUAAGGUCCCCAUCUUGUAAUCCUGUAAGUUAGUAGAACACAUUUAUAAAGCUAGAAUUGCACAAAUAGGAUCUUAAAAUGUUCAUGAUUAAAACAUACUAAGUGGUGUAUUUGAUAAAGCAAGCCCAAGUGUCUUUUAGUUGAACUUUUAUAAGAGCCUUAAUACUGGAGAGAAGGAAAAGGACUUGUCUCCAUUUGAAAGCACUUUGAAAUCUGGUAGAAAUAUAGCAAACCAUCAUUUAUUUAUGUGUUGUAGCUUUCCAAAGCUUGGCCUUUUUAACUGACAGAGUGAACCAACAGCAGCUAUGUGGACUAAUGAAAAUGCUUGGAGAAAAAAGUUUCUAUGCAUUUUAGAUCGACCGAUGCUGCAACUUUGCUUUUGAAGUUUUAACAGGAUUUUCUGUUUAUUGUUUCAAUGGCUUUAAAAAACAUGGACAGCUCUAAAAACUGUUUUUAAUACUGAGCAAUUCUAGAACUCCAAAAUUAUUUCCCAGUGAUUGGCAGUUUUCAUUGUCGUUUGAUUUAUGCGGUUUUCAUUGUCGUUUGAUUUAUGCAGCAUAUGUAGGUCGCUAAAAAUUCUCUAAAAAUUCUCUAAAAAAGUUUCUAAAUCUCCUUCCAGCACCUGUGGCUUAAACACUUUCAAUCUGGAUUACCUAAGUGGAUGUACCUGCAUCAAGUGCACAGGGAGGUUGUUGUAUUUCACUUUAUUUUUAAUCAUGACUUAAGUGAACUUACUGUUGUUCUUGAUUGGAAUUUUGCAGGCAGAAUGGGGCUACAGCCUUAUAAUACUGUUCAGAUAUUAUUGUUUUAUUUAUGGCCACCUUUGCCAAACACAAAUCUGAAUAUUCAACCUUUUGAAGCAUACCAGGAGAGUGUUUUGCAAAACAGUCUCUUGAGCUUUCAAGCAGUUAAUCCUGACCUUAACCUAAAUUUUGUGAGUAACUUUAUCAGAGAUUAUUGAUGCAAGUCCAGUAAAAGACUUGAUCUUGUAGGAGUUUCAGAGACAGCUCCAUGGUAAUGCCUGGGAAGGGAAGGCUGCACCAGCUUUGGCCAGAGAAUGCCAUUGGUGAAGGCUGUGGAAGGAGGUUGAGGUGUUUUCAUAGAAAUUAUAGUUGCCUAUGCCAAAACUGCACUACUUCAAUUACAUAUUUUCACUUCUGUCACAUGAAUUUAUUUCUGAGAAAGGUUUAUUCACAUUUUCAAAUAUGUGUUCAGUUCAGAGUAUUCUUCCACUGGCAGCAUUCAUGUAGUUUUCAAUCCAUUAGAUUUCAAUCUGAGCCCAUCUAUUCCAUCUAAUACUUGCUAGAAGCACUGUGAUAAAUGGAGAUGAAGUAGAAAUGUCAAAUGAUAUUUAUAUCAUACAUAAACAAUGACUUUGAGGAGAAAAACCUGUGUUGAAAGGGGGUCAUUUUCAAGUUGGCAGGACACCAACUAUUUUAUUGGGAGCUUGAGCAAAACAUAGUUUCAAAAUUAUAUUUCUAAAGAAUAUUGUUCAAGAAAAAACUUUCACAAGCAAAGUUAAAUAUUUGAAAAUUUUCAAACCAAUCUGCUUCUAGAAAAAAAUGGUUUUAUAUGCAUGAAUGAGGCUGAUGCCACCUCCCUUUGCAAGUGAUACCAGGACGGUUUAGGCAAGGCAAAAAUCCUUUGGUUGUGUACUUCCCUUGUAAGUGAAUAAUUCAUUGCUCGUGUCUCUGCAGGUGUAAAAAUGUGUCUGUCAUUUAUGGUGCAAAGCUGUAGCUUUAUGAAAUGUGCCAUGCUGUUUUAUGGGCACUCUAAUGCUCAUUUAUCCAGAGCUGGGUUGUCCUGUGUGUCUGACAGACAUGGAUGGUUGCUGCUUCAGCUGGAACUGGUGAGGGUUUUGCAUGUGACUCUAUGCCUUCUGUGGCAAUAUUUUGGAGAUUUACCCUAAUUAUUAGAAAUCCUAAAACAAAUGAGAACUAUUAAGUGAUCCUAAAUGGAAUUUCAGCUAGCUAAACAUAUUAUUUAUUAGCAUAAAAUCAGUAAAUGAAGGUGUUGCACUUACUUUCACUAAAUGUACAUCAUUUCAGGUAAAUUCAUUUCUUUCUCCUUUUACCAUUUGCAAGUAACUUUUUGAUGUGAAUGUGUGUGCCUCAGUAUCUCAGUAAACAACAGAGUAAGUGCACACUCAGUUGUUUCAGCAGAUGUGAGGGGCAAAUAUAUCACUUGAAUGAACAAAUGUCUGUUCAUGCAUAAGCAUCAUCCCUUUACAGAUAUGUGAAAUGUAUUUCCAUAAUGCCAACAGGCAAGCAGCUGCUAAUUUUAAUGUAAAGUAACCUGCAGAAAUACUCAGAAUCUGAUUUUUUGAACAUAUCUUGUAUUCAAAUUUUUAUGUGCCUUUCAGCAUUUCCUAGAAAGAAAGCUCAUGUGUUCCUUAGCUCUCCACCACAAAUCCAACAAUGAACUUGUCAUUAAAAUGAAAUUUUUACAAAAAUACAAUAAUCCUAAUUCCUGACACAUUUUUAGCUGUGCCAGAAAUCUGUAUCUAUAGCAGCCAGAAGGAUUUGGUAAUAUUUUUCCAUAUUACAGUGAAAGAUUUGUCAGUCAGAAAUAUGUCUUCCUGGUACACUCUACAUUUAUGUAGUUAAGUAAAAAAAGAAACCAAUUAUGACUACAGUUAAUAUAACAGAGUAUAUUUGUUGUAUAUAUUCACUUCUUGCACAAAUAUUCUAAAUAUAUAUUCUCUGUGAAGCCAGAAAUUCUAGUUUUCUACAAAAUCUAUUCAUGGAGACCUGGCCUUUUCAACUUUUACUGUUACUUAUCUGAUGCUGCAUAAUGCAUAUUGUUAAAAUUUUUUAUGGGUUUAAUCUGUCUACAGGAUUUAUAUCGUGAAACAGAAGUGCUCAGUGCAAGGAAUACCUGAAGUGAAUUACUUUUACCUUCCAGCUGUUCUGCAGGGCUUUUUGGCAAAUCCCCAGCAAUUCUGUUUCCUGUACAUACUCCAUGCUUGGAGUAAAUGGAAGGAUUAUUAAUGGAGUGGAAAUACUUUUGAGCACUAAAAUGAAGGAUUUUCCUAAUAAAUAGUUCAAGGCAAGAAGUAAAUGUAGUCAAUAUUGCUGUAAAACAAAGCCCAGGCCUUAUGAAGAGCUGAUCAGGAUUUUGUUUAAAUGGAAGACAGUGGUGUAUUUCAAAAUUAAAUAUGUUCAGGGAAAUGCACCUGUUUCAGUUAAGGUUUUCUCAGGUUCAGCUGAUAGAAUUGCCCUAAAAUAAAGAAGUGAUAAGAGUAUUUCCUUACAUUUGUGGAUGGGCUUGAAUGUAGGUCUUCCAUGAGCAAAGUGGACACUGAGCUAUAAAACCAUUGGCUAUUGCUUGGAGGUUUUCUUUAUCCAAUUUACAAAUACUGUUUUAAAAUCCUCACAGAAAGGGGUUUUGACCCUGGGUUUCCCCAUCUCAUGUGAAUAUUCUCUUCAUCAAUCACUCUGGCUUUUGAUUGAGGCCUCUGUUGUUGAGGAAAGAUUUGAUUUUAUUUUUAUGCUGCAUAGGAAGAUUAUUUUACAUUAGAUUUUUGGAGGGGAAGGCAGGGAGAUUUUUUCCUUGCAAUUUUCACUUUAUAGAUAUUAAACAAUAGCAUGAAGUAUAAAAAUUGCUUGAAAUUACAUAUGCACUAGUGAUUCCAAAGAUAUAGCUAAGACUAAUGUCAAGUGUGAGAUGUGCUUUUUAAAAAACAUAUGUGCUUUGAUCUAGAAAGGCAGGGAGAAAGUCCUAGACUGCAGUGCAAGCUAUUAAUGCCAGGGAUUUCUUUCUAUGCAAUUCUAUGGUGCACCUGUUCUUAUAGGGAUUAACUUGAUUGGUGUAGUUCAUGUAUCAGUGUGUUAUGUGUAGAAUACUCUGUUUAAAGUGUCAUUAAGGAAACUGUGUGUCUUAAAUGGUGUUACAACUUUAGGCUCUUUUUUGUCUAACCUGACUUCACUAAAUCAUAAGAAACUCCUCUGAAUAACAAUAACCAGACAAUAUUUCAUAACAUUGCAUAAUCAAGUCUCACAUGUUACACUUAUCACCUUCUAGGACAAAAGUUGUGUUACUGUUGUGAGUUUUAAAUUUUUUUGUAUUUCUGGAUCUUAAAAAGCCAAACUGUGCUACACUUUUAAACACAAAGAGCUAAGAAGUGUGUUUGGAAAGCUGAUCAACAGUAGUCAAACUAAAAUUGGCUGGGAUUACUCCUGUGUCAAGUUUCUGAACUGUGGUAUAAAAAAUGUUUGUGACCCUCCUGUGCCUCCUCCAUGGAGGGGCACCCUGGGUGCACAACCUGCCAGACACAACCCCAGGCUGCACUGCAGGAAAAUUGCUGUGGCAGAAUUGCUGUUCUUGGAGAGGUUUGAACAAACCCAGCUCCUCCCUUGUAGCAUUACACAAACAGAGAGGUUCUGUCUGUUGGAGAGAGUGUUCUUCUUCAACAUGCAGGUUUUUAUUGCUGUUUCUUUGAUUUACUGUGAUUUCAUUCUGAGAAAAAUAUUGUUACUUAACUCUGUACUUGACUAGUAAAUUACUUUUAGCUGUAGUGUCUUCUGCAAUGUUUAUAUUUCACCAAAUAAUCUUUGUUUCUAAUGUUUGUAAAAGUUAAUGUAAUAUCACCAAAAGUCAAAAAUCAACAUUUUCUAAUAAUGCCUUGUAAUUUACCUAGCCUUACAGUAUUUCAGAAAAUUUUCCACCAAAACUUCAUCUAGUCACUGCUUGUCACAAUUAUGAAAAAGAGACAUUUAUAAACCUGUAGCUUCUAGCUGCCAUUAAAGAAUAAUGAGACAAAUCAUGA